GGCCUUAUCCCAUCUCGUUCCCUAAUUCUUUUCAUCAUCUCUUCUCUUCGAUCACCCAUCCCUGGUGACGAUGAUGGUGGCAUAGCAGACGGCGACGAAGAACGUAAGCACCUUAUCAUAUUUCUUUUAUUCUCCUCAACGGUGGCCAGAUGCGACUGGCCUUGGCUGUUCCUUGCUAGCUACCGUGGCCGCGGUUGGCCCUCUUCUGGGGCUAACUAUGGUCGGUGCCUGCUGGCCACCUGCUGGGGGCCAACUGUGGUUGCCGCUUACUGGGGUUGUUGCCGAGACCGGCACCUACUAGCCGCUAUCAGUGCCUAUUGGGGUCUGCUAGCCAUGGCUGCUACCUGUUAGGGCUUGCUGGCUGCAGGUUGCCUUGGUUGGCCGCAACUGCCCAUUGGUCGCCUUGGUUGGCCAUCGGCGGAUUGCCUUGGCUGGCCAUGGCCGGUAGCUGACCUUCGCUGGCCAGGGAAAGAUGCAACCGCCCUUUGUUGGCAACCGCCGACCACAGCCGACCUUUGCUGUAGACAAUAGCAUCCUUCCAUUCAAUACUACUACCAUAAGUGUCUAAAGCUUUCUAAUUUAGAAGAAAAUCAGUACAAUGAAGCAAAUUAUAAGAUUAAGAAGGCCAGAGCUUAUAUUGUAUAUGACAAUCUGCUAGUAGUCUAACAAAGACAAACUCUUGAGAUUUUAGGCAUAUCAUUCAAACAAAACCUAGUUUCAUUUCACUCUAAUAUGUAACUAAAAUGAGCAAGAUGAUAUCAUACAAAACAUAGUUCCCAGAUAAACAAAAACCAACAAUCUUGUAUCAGUUUCCAAUUUAGUGUUCUCAUAGUGUUCUUAGAGACAUUCCAUACAUAAAAUUUAAAUGUGCAUUGAACAAAUUAUACAAAUAGUAUUUCUAUUGUUGACUAGUUUGACUAGUAUCUCCUUGACCUCUACCUUUUCCCAUUUUUUCCUCCUUUUUUGCUAAUAAUAAAGAAUGAAAAUGAUCAGCAUAAAAUUAAAUUAAUCAAUUUGAUAGUUAAACAUUACAAAUCACAUAUAUUAUUUCAUUGAGAUCAGAUCUUUACAUUUGAUAGGAUAGCACUCGGAAAAAGGAAAUUAAUUUGAUAAAUUCUAUUACAGAUCAGGCUAUUCCUCCUCAAUCCGGUCGCGAUAAAUUUUUUAAAGGCUCAACAAACCAUCUUUGCCGCAACCACAUCAAUUAUAACAUUAAAUAUCCCAUGCAAUUUGAGUCUGGUUGAGACAAACAUUCAAACGGAAUUACGUCCGUGUGUCGACUCCGGGCUGAGAACUAUUGCUUCCGUGAAGCCUGUGGAAUGUCGUCGCGAGUUACGGGGAAGCAAAGUCCCCCUACUUUCGCUACUUGGAAAGCAGUCGCAAGCCACUUUGGCAUCUUCCUUCUCCCAAUCUCCCGUCUCAGACAAAGCAGCUCAAGUCCACAAUUCUCUCGUUGUCUGGCCGUAUGACUUUGGCAUCCACAUUUACGCAUCUCAAUCAAUGCUCCAACUUCUCUAGCUCAUCGCCAUCGUCCUCGCCCUCGUCCUCCCGGGAAUCCAAAGGCUUCUCCUCCUCCAUGGGAGGUGUAACUAGCAAGUGCUUCGUCUCCUCCAACAAGGAACUCAGAGCUACAAUUCUGCUACUCGAAGAAGAGAUAGAAAAGUCGAAGAGCGUCAGGCAGCAAGAGGCCUGGGAUUAUGGCCGGCGCACGGCGGAGUUCGCUGCCAAGGAGGAGGAAUGGGUGAGAGAGAGGAGGAGUCUCGCGGAGGAGGCUCUAGAGCAGGAAGCCGCGCAAAGGACGAGGCGUUUGAAGAAGUGCGAGAGUGAGGGAGGAGAUGACGAGGAGUGGUGGUGCCUCGUGGAGUCCAUGAAGGAGGAGCAAAGGCAGCGGGAGGGGGCAGUGGAGAGGUGGAAGAAGCUCUACCUCACUAUAAAGACUGAGCUUGACGACCUUAUACAAAGAACCAGCGAAGGGGAGAGAUUUAGCAGCGGAAGUGAAGAAAGAAUGGUAGAGCAGCUUCAGAAAGAGUUGAGGGAGAGCGAGAAAGAAAUAGAAUCUUUGAGAUCUCGCGUUGCGGUCAUGCAGAAGGAUGCGAUUAGGAAGGACACGGAAAUUGAUAUUUUGAGACAGAGCUUGAGAAUAUUAAGCGUUAGGAAUUCAAAAAGGAGCCUAAUCAGAGAGUUUUUGAGGGAAGAAUUGGUUGAUAUGUAAAUUAAUUAUAUGACACAGACAUCCAACAAAAGAUCUAUUGAAAUAAAGUCUACUUAUCUUUCUAUGAA